UGUGCACUUUGGCACUUUGAUAUGUCACUGUACACUUUUUUUGGAUGCCUGCUAGUUGCAUACGGUCCUAUUCUCUCCAUAUUUUUCCUAUAUAUUGGUCAGAAUGCACAGUAUGUCUUGUUGAUGGUAUCAAGUGCCUUUUUUUGCUUAAUCGCAUUACUCAUUUCAAGCGUCAUCUGGUACUUUGCCAAAGCAGCGCAAUUAAUACAUUCAGCAAGCAUCGCAUAUAGCAUUGCUGUUCAAGAAAUAUUUCGAUGGCUCUUCUUUUUGCUGCUAAGACGUUCAGAAGCAGGACUUAACGUGGUAUCGGCAAACCCUCACUCGCCAUUGAAUCAAUCGAUAUUCUCAUUCGUCACCGGAUUCGGCUAUGCUCUCACAACAGCCUUGGUCAGCUAUAUAUCGCUGCUCGUCGAAUCGAUUGGUCCUGGUGUCAUGAUGUGUCCUUCAUGUCCGCAAGCGACCACAUUCUUUAUAUCCGCAGCGACGACAUCCAUAUUCUCAUUGUUGCAUAUAACUUGGAUGAUGAUUGCUUUUGAAGGAUUUUCGAGUGUCCGUAAACCCGCUGGCGCUGCCCGUGUAGCAUGGGUAAUCGUGUCACAUUUCGGUGCUUCUUAUGCUACUCUGUUAAACUCAUCUGAAACUAUUCGAUAUGGCUGUGUGUAUGCCAUCAUCAUUUGCAUCGGGAUCCUUUCCUUUUCAACAGCCCUGGUGGCAUAUUCCCUUAAAUCCCGGUAUCAGCUCGCUCAUCCACAUUCUUCAUAGCGACACGUCUAAAGCACACAGCUACAUGCCUUUACGUAUAUACAGGGAAGGAGCCAU